UGUUAAUAAUCUAUUUUUUAAUUAGUCAAAUCAGCCAGCAGCUUCGCCCAAUAUAAACCAGUCUUUGUAUUGGCCUUUUUGGGUAUUCAUAUUCUUUAGUAUUGCCUGUUAGAAAAAGAUCAAACCAAAACUCUAACUAACAGCUAGCAUAACAAAUGAGAUAUAGGUGAAGGUGAGUGAGUAACUGAGUGUGGUGUUUUGGUUGUUUGAUGAGAAAAGUGAGAUUCUUGUGACUAAUUUUCCCUUUGAUUCAAUUCUCUCUCAUCUUCAAUAUAUCCCCAAUUUUUCCACCUCUACCCACAUCAUUCAAUCCCUGAAAAAAUAAAAUCCUUUUCUGUUCUAGCAUAAUUUCUCUGAUAUAAUUCUGGGUUUUUCCAAUUUGGUACUGAAAAUUAAUGGCUUCAAGUGCGUCAAGGUUUAUCAAAUGUGUAACUGUUGGGGAUGGAGCUGUUGGCAAGACUUGUAUGCUGAUUUGUUAUACAAGUAACAAAUUCCCCACUGAUUAUAUACCUACAGUAUUUGACAAUUUCAGUGCUAAUGUGGUUGUUGAAGGUACCACUGUGAACUUAGGCCUUUGGGAUACUGCUGGACAAGAGGAUUACAACAGAUUACGGCCAUUGAGCUACCGAGGGGGCGAUGUCUUUGUCUUGGCUUUUUCAUUGGUCAGUCGUGCAAGCUAUGAGAAUGUGCAAAAGAAGUGGGUCCCAGAACUUCAGCAUUUUGCUGCUGGAAUACCAAUUGUGUUGGUUGGCACCAAAUUGGAUCUUCGAGAGGACAAACACUACUUGGCAGAUCAUCCUGGAAUAGUGCCAGUUAGCACAUCAGAGGGAGAAGAACUUCGAAAACAGAUUGGUGCUUUAUAUUACGUCGAAUGCAGUUCCAAGACUCAACAGAAUGUGAAAGCUGUUUUUGAUGCUGCAAUCAAGGUAGUUAUCAAGCCGCCUCAGAAACAAAAAGAGAAGAAAAAGAAGCCCAGGAAGGGAUGUAUAAUGAAUCUCUUUGGCGGAAGGAGUUUCUGGUGUCUCAAAUGAAUCUGUUGCUAACAAGAGCGGCUUUCUCCCCGACUUGAAGUAGCAGAUAUAUUACAUCUUUACUGAUCUAUUCACCGGUUUUCGCUUCGGAGAUUAUAAUCAAAGCUGUGAUUCAAUAUGUAGAUGCUGUCAAAUUGUCAAUAGGAAUGUAGUUGCUACUCCCUGUAAAUGCACUCUUAUGAUUUUGAUGUUCAUUGUUUGGUUCCCAGUUAAUUGCAGUUUGAUGAUCAUAGUAUUUUGUUUAGGAAACAGUAUUGAUAAGUGAUUAAUUAUCUAUCCCCUGAACUACGAAGAUUAACGUUCAAAAUUUCUCGAUAAUCUUUUUGGAUGUUUAUUUUUCCUACGUUUCUUGAAAAUAAAUACUUAGCAAUACCGUGUUAGCGUGUUGGAGAUAU